AUGGGUUUCAAGUCAGAGAUCAAGUACGAUGUGUCGCCGGAGACCAACAGUCCUGCUGGUGAGGAGGCAGGCGAAAGCCUGGCCUCUAUGCGCGGAGGAACUCUCCAGGACAAACGCGACAUGUAUCGAGUUGGAAACAACCAGGAGUUGAACCGGAAUUUCCGGUUCGUAUCGGUUCUAGGAUUUGCUGCCGUCCUCAUGUGUACAUGGGAAGUGGUUAUGAUUGCCAGCGCAACUGGCUUGCUAAACGGUGGACUGAGUGGAAUGAUCUAUACCUACAUCGGUGGCCUAUUCGGCUUCUCGUUCGUGAUCUUGUCAAUGGCAGAGAUGGCAUCAAUGGCUCCGACUUCAGGAGGACAAUACCAUUGGGUGUCUGAAUUUGCACCCGCCAGCAGUCAGAAAUUCUUAAGCUAUGUUACCGGCUGGGUCUGCGUGCUUGGUUGGCACACUGGUAUCGCAGGUUGCUCCUACACAGUUGCGAAUAUGAUCGUUGGCCUUAUUGCAAUCAAUAACCCUGACCACUAUCAUCCUAAACCGUGGCAUGGUACUCUGCUUAUUAUUGCCAUUGCCUUCAUGGCCAUUAUCUUCAACACCUUCUUCGCGCAAAAGCUACCCUUCAUUGAAGGGGUCAUUCUCCUCGUCCACGUAUUUGGAUUCUUCGCCGUUUUGAUCCCUCUCUGGGUGCUGGCCCCAUUGAAUUCAGCAGAGGAUGUCUUCCUAAACGUGGUCGACAGAGGAGGUUGGGGGAAUAAUGGCCUCGCCUGCCUCGUCGGGUUAGGAGCCCCUAUCUACGCCCUUAUAGCUGAAGAAAUCAGAGAUGCUUCUCGAGUAUUGCCCCUAAGCAUGCUUUGGACCCUUGUUCUGAAUGGCAGCACCGGCUUAAUCAUGUUGAUCACGUACGCCUUUUGCGUGUACGACGUUGAUAAGGUCCUUAAAGACGAAACGGGCUUCCCAUUUAUUUCGGUAUUCUUGCAUGCCACCCGUUCAGUGAGGGCAACGACUGCAAUGACAUCCCUCAUGCUGGUCCUCCAGGCCUGUUCUGCUAUCAGCAACGUUGCAACUACCUCCCGUCAGCUCUAUGCAUUCGCCCGUGACGGCGGAAUCCCUUUCCCUUCAUUCUUUGCCAAGAUUGAUAAACGCUUCGUCGUCCCUCUCAACUCGCUCUGCGUCAGCUUCUUUAUCGUCUGUCUCCUAUCUCUGAUUAAUAUCGGGUCCUCGGUAGCGUUCCAGGCCAUCAUAUCUCUUGGUACUGCCUCACUGCUAUCCUCGUACAUUAUUUCCAUCUCUUGCGUACGCCUCAGACGCUGGCGCGGCGAGCCACUUCCCCCAGCCAGAUGGAGCAUGGGUGCAUGGUCCAGCACUGUUGAGACCAUGGCCAUCCUCUUUCUUCUAAUCACAUUCGGGUUCUCAUUCUUUCCGCUUACCAGAGAGGUCACCACGAUGAAUAUGAACUGGAGCUGUGCCAUUUUCGGCGGAGUGAUAAUCUUCGCCCUAAUCUACUAUUUCGCGCAUGCCCGAAAUGUAUACCAAGGCCCUGUCACGCGAAUCAGGCCAUGGGCGGAGGCGGCUCGUAUCGACUAA